UGAGCUGCUGCGGCGGCUCUUGCGGGCGGCUUUCCCGGCCCCCGCUCCCCCGCCCUCGCUAUGUCGACUCCGCUGCUGUAAGGAGUCUGGGUCGCUGCCCUGCCGACAGGUGCCGGGAGGCCUGAGCCGAGGGGACGAGGGGCAAGCCUUCUGUGGCCGCAAGCAGAGCGGAGCGCUGAAGGGCCUGACGGACUACAAUGAGCUUCUCUCUAGGACCCCAGAGUUGAGUUUUCCAUUUGGACAGAAGAAUGGCUGUGUUCAGGCAAUUUACACUUCUUCUCUGGAAGAAUUACACCUUAAAGAAGCGGAAGAUUGUAGUAACAGUCUUGGAAAUUCUCCUGCCAUUGCUAUUUUCUGGGAUCCUAAUUUGGCUUCGCCAGAAUAUUCACUCAGAAAACAUUCCCAAUGCUACCAUAUAUCCUGGCCAGUCCAUCAGUGACCUGCCCUUGUUUUUCAACUUUCCUCCCCCAGAAGAUACGUGGGAGCUGGUUUAUGUUCCUUCCAACAAUGAAGCUGUGAAGAAUGUCGCUGAGAUGGUGAAAAAGACUUUAGUCAUCGACAUGAAAGUUCAUGGCCUUCCCUCGGAAAAGGAUUUUGAAGAUUACAUUAAAUUUAAUAAUCACUCUUACAAUGUGUUGGCUGGUAUUGUGUUUGAGCACAGCUUCAGUCAUUACAAGGAACCCCUGCCACUUGAGGUUAAGUACCACCUGCGCUUCAGUUACUUUCGGAAGAAUGAUAUGUGGGCUGGGACAAAUCUCUUUUUUCCGAAAGAGAUUGAAGGGUGGCACACUACCUCUCUCUUUCCACUUUUCCCGAAUCCAGGACCCAGGGAACCCUCAUUUCCUGAUGGAGGAGAACCUGGAUACAUCCGAGAAGGAUUCCUGGCUGUUCAGCAUGCUGUGGAUAAAGCCGUGAUGCAAUAUCAUGCAAGCACUGCCAUGACCAGACUGUUUGAGAAGGUCACCAUCAUUGCAAAGAGGUUCCCGUACCCACCGUUCAUUUCAGACUCUUUUCUGGUGGCCAUCCAGUACCAGCUUCCCUUGCUGCUCAUGCUGAGCUUUACUUAUUCCACACUCACCAUCACCCGUGCCAUUGUACAAGAAAAGGAAAGAAAACUGAAGGAGUACAUGCGUAUCAUGGGACUCAGCAACUGGCUUCACUGGAUCGCCUGGUUCCUCACCUUCUUCCUCCUCCUACUUUUUACCGUCUUUUUUAUGACUGUACUUUUCUGUAUCAAGGUGGAAGAGGACAUUGCAGUGAUCACCAACAGUGAUCCAUCUUUGAUAUUUGUCUUUUUGAUGUGUUUCGCCAUUUCUUCCAUUUCCUUCAGUUUUAUGGUCAGCACCUUCUUCAGUAAAGCCAAUUUGGCAGCUGCCAUAGGAGGCUUCCUCUAUUUCUUUAUGUAUAUUCCUUACUUCUUCAUUGGUCCUCGAUAUAACUGGAUGACCCUCAACCAAAAGUUAUCUUCCUGUCUCUUCUCAAAUGUUGCUAUGGCAUUGGGGGCCCAGCUCAUAGGCAAGUUUGAAGCAAAAGGAGUGGGAAUUCAAUGGAAAUACCUCAUGAGAUCAGUUAAUGUUGAUGAUAACUUCACUUUUGGGCAUGUGUUGAUAAUGCUGCUAUUUGAUUCUGCCUUCUAUGGCUUGGUGACCUGGUAUGUGGAAGCUGUCUUCCCUGGAGAAUAUGGUAUGCCCCAGCCCUGGUAUUUUUUCUUGAUGCCUUCCUACUGGUGUGGGAAUCAAAGAUCUAUAAUGGGAAAAGAGGAGGAAGAGGAUGAUCCUGAGAAAGUUCUAAAAACUGAGUACAUUGAGGCUGAACCUGAAGAUUUAGUAGCUGGAAUAAAGAUCAAGCAUCUGUCCAAGAUGUUUAUGGUGAGGAAUAAGAGAAAAGAGGCGAUAAGAGACCUGACUCUGAAUAUGUACGAGGGGCAGAUCACUGUUCUUCUAGGACAUAAUGGAGCAGGGAAGACCACCACCUUGUCCAUCCUCACAGGUCUUUUUCCACCUACUAGUGGCCGGGCAUACAUCAAUGGGUAUGAGAUCUCACGUGACAUAGUGCAGAUCCGGAAGAGCCUAGGCUUAUGUCCCCAGCAUGAUGUCCUCUUUGACUACAUGACAGUGGCUGAGCACUUUUACUUCUAUGCUCAGAUGAAAGGAUUAUCUGAGCAAAAGUGUCCUGAGGAAGUCAAUCAUAUCUUGAACAUUCUUGAUCUGGAGAAUAAACGCCACUCACUUUCAAAGUCACUGAGUGGAGGAAUGAAACGCAAGGUUUCUGUUGGCAUCGCGCUCAUAGGAGGCUCUAAGGUAGUGAUGCUAGAUGAACCAACUUCGGGCAUGGACCCAAUUUCACGGAGAGCCACCUGGGAUCUCCUUCAGCAGCAGAAAAAUGACCGCACCAUUGUGCUGACCACACAUUUUAUGGAUGAGGCUGACCUUUUGGGGGACCGAAUUGCUAUUAUGGCCAAGGGGGACCUGCAGUGUUGUGGCUCUUCACUUUUCCUCAAGCACAAAUACGGUGCAGGGUAUCAUAUGAUCAUAGUGAAGGAACUUCAUUGUAAUACCAGUGACAUUUCUCGUCUGGUUUAUCAUCACAUACCAAACGCCAUUUUGGAGAGCAACGUCGGAGCUGAAUUAUCGUUUAUCCUCCCCAAAGAGAGUGCACACCGGUUUGAAACUCUCUUUACUGAACUGGAACUGAAACAGAAAGAACUAGGCAUUGCCAGCUAUGGUGCUUCUGUUACCACUAUGGAAGAAGUCUUCCUUAGAGUUGGUAAACUUGUAGAUUCAAGUAUGGAUAUCCAAGCCAUCCAGCUUCCUGCCUUGCAGUACCAGCAUGAGAGACGGGCGAGUGACUGGGCCAUGGAUAGCAACCUCAGUGGAAUAAUGGAUCUCACUGACAGCAUCGGGGCCUUAAUCAAGGAAGAUUGUACCACCAUCAAAUUUAACACCAGGUUCUACCUUCACUGCCAGCAGUUCUAUGCCAUGUUCACAAAGAAGGCCUUGUACAGCUGGCGCAACUGGAAGAUGCUGGUGGCCCAGAUCCUUGUGCCCCUGACUUGCAUCACAUUGGCCCUCAUGGCCAUCAACUACUCUUCAGCAAUUCGGGAUGACCCCAUCCUGCAGCUAACCCUGGACCAGUAUGGUCAGACGGUUGUGCCCUUUUCCAUCUACGGAACCUCCAAGCUGGACCAGCAGCUUUCAGAACGCUUUAAAGAUAUGCUGCAGGCUGAGAAACAGGUGCCUCGGGAGGUGUUGGGUGAUUUGGAAGAGUUCCUGAUUUUUAGGGCCUCGGUGGAAGGUGAAGGCUUUAAUGAACGAUGCCUUGUGGCAGCUUCCUUCAAAGAUGUCGGAGAACAGACUGUUAUCACUGCUCUGUUCAACAACCAAGCCUACCAUUCUCCAGCCACUGCCGUGGCCAUCGUGGACAACAUUCUGUUCAAGCUGCUUUCUGGCCCCAGUGCCUCCAUUACCGUCUCCAACUACCCUCAGCCCCGAGGUGCUGGCCAGGCCACGACAGAACAAGCCAGCGAGGGCCACACAGGAUUUCACCUAGCUCUUAAUUUGCUCUUCAGCAUGGCUUUCUUGGCCAGUACAUUCUCCAUCCUGGCAGUCAUUGAAAGAGACAUGAAGGCAAAGCACAUCCAGUUUGUUAGUGGAGCCUAUGUCGUUCAUUUUUGGCUUUCUGCCCUGCUGUGGGAUCUUCUUACCUUCCUUAUCUCCUGUUCCCUGCUGCUGGUAGUGUUCAGAGCCUUUGACGUGGAAGUUUUCACCCAGGAUAACCACCUUGCAGAUGCUUUGAUGAUCUUAAUGCUGUAUGGUUGGUCCAUCAUCCCCCUCAUGUACCUGAUGAGCUUCUUUUUUUCUGGAGCUGCAGCUGCCUACACCAGACUUAGCAUAUUCAACAUCCUCUCGGGCCUUGCCACCUUUCUCAUCAUCAAUUUGCGUAUGCCAGGGCUAAAAUUGUUGCAACUCUCUAAAACCUUGGAUAUGGUUUUCCUGGUGUUGCCCAGUCAUAGCCUAGGGAUGUCUAUCAGCAACUUUUUUGAAAACUACGAGACCAAGAGAUACUGCACAUCCUCUGAGAUUGCAGCCCAUAACUGCAAGAAAUUUAAUAUUAAAUACCAAGAGAAUUUCUUUGCAUGGAAAGCUCCUGGGAUUGGGAAAUACAUGACUUCUAUGGCUGUUUCUGGCUUUGUUUUCCUCAUUCUCCUAUUCUUCAUUGAGACUAACCUCCUUUGGAGACUGAGAACCUUCUUCAGUAACAUCUUCAGGACACAGAAUUGGGCACAGACGCAUAUCCAAUCAUCAGUGAUUCCAAAAGACCAAGAUGUAGAAGAUGAGAAAAAGAAAGUCUUAGAAUCCCUACCAGAGUUGAUGCUGAAUACCCCACUGGUUAUUAAGGAACUGACAAAGGUGUACAGCCAGAAGGUGCCCUUCCUAGCUGUGGAUAGAGUCUCCCUCACAGUCCAGAAAGGGGAGUGCUUUGGACUGCUUGGUUUCAAUGGGGCUGGGAAAACCACCACCUUCAAAAUGCUGACUGGAGAAGACACAAUUACCUUUGGAGAUGCCUUCAUUGAUGGCUACAGCAUCAUCACUGACAUCAAAAAGGUACGGCAGCGAAUAGGCUACUGUCCUCAAUUUGAUGCCUUGUUGGAACACAUGACUGGACGAGAGACUCUGAUCAUGUAUGCCCGGCUGCGGGGCAUCCCUGAGUGCCAUAUUGGCCACUGUGUGAAGAACGUAUUACAGGGGCUGCUCCUGGAACCCUAUGCAGACAAACUUGUCAGGACCUACAGCGGGGGCAACAAGCGUAAGCUGAGCACUGGUAUUGCCCUGAUUGGAGAGCCAUCAGUUGUCUUCCUGGAUGAGCCAUCCACUGGCAUGGACCCUGUAGCCCGGCGCCUGCUCUGGGACACAGUGACACGAGCCCGUGAAUCUGGCAAGGCCAUCGUCAUCACCUCCCACAGCAUGGAAGAGUGUGACGCUUUGUGCACCCGAUUGACCAUGAUGGUGAAUGGGCAGUUCAAGUGCCUGGGCAGCCCACAGCAUCUCAAGAGCAAGUUUGGAAGUGGCUACACCCUGUUAGCCAAGGUUAAAAGCGACAGGCAAGAAGGCAAAAUGGAGGCCCUGGAGUUGUUCAAGAUGUUUAUCAACCAGACUUUCCCAGGGAGCAUACUGAAGGAUGAACACCAAGGAAUGGUCCAUUACCACCUGCCCAGUAAGGACCUCAGCUGGGCGAAGGUGUUUGGCAUCUUGGAGAAAGCCAAAGAAAAAUACGGACUAGACGACUAUUCCGUCAGUCAAGUCUCACUGGAACAAGUCUUCAUGAGCUUUGCCCAUUUACAGUCUUCAUCAGAAGACGAACGGUGAACAGCAGCAUCCACAAAGUUGGCUUGCAGGGGGUACUUGUUAAAGGUUGUCACACAAAUAAGUGACACCCUCUCACCACUUUUUAUCCUGCACCUUUAUUUUUAGUUGGUUCUUUUUCUAUUAUGGAUAUGAUAACUAAGUAUCCAUAAUAACAGACUUUCAUACUGCUCUCAGAUUAGAAAUGAUGAGCAUGCUCUGGACAGCAGAAUAGGACCUUAAGGCUCAUGGUGAAUUUACUUGUGAAUGUAGUCAUUUAAGGCAACUCAGAGCCCUUAAAUACUAAGCCAGAAUCAACAGUAGAGAAGCCCUCUUAAGCAGUGUGUCAAGGAGUAAGGAAUUCAGGGAAGGAAAGGACAGUGCUAAUCCUCACACUAGUCAUUUGGCAGACCCCAAGAUAUCUGGCUCCAUGGGAGUCAGUGGCCACCAGCCUAAAGAGAUUGAUAACACCAUUAGAGUCCAGGAGUAAGGUGUGAAAGCAGGGAAUUCUGCUUCUUAUUCUCCAGAGUGACCUGAAACUGUGACCCUGAUUCCAGUUAAGCAAAAUACAAACUUGGGCAGAGACAUGUAUCCAUUUUUCCAGGGUGGUGACCUCUGACUGUUGCCCUGUGUCCUAGGUGAAUUAAUUUACCAUUCACUUCUUGCAUUGGGGACCCAUUUGUGGCAGGAGAUGGUGCUUACCCUUCAUAGUUUCUUCAUCACCAAUCCCUGCAUGCCCCCACGAUGUGUUCAUGUGCACGUGUGUGAUGCUAUCUCUGUGUCACAUUAAUCAUGGUGGACAAAAUAUUUCAGUCUUUAUAAACAUAGCAUACUGAUUGGAGGUGAGGGGAGUGGUCAGAAUCUUGCACUACAGUGCCCCAGUCAGAUCACAUCUGCAGGUCAGUGUUCAGUUCUGGGUGGUACCGCUUCUGUGGGAUGAUAACUAACUAGAGUUUGUCGAGAGGAGGGGGAUUUGGAAAUGAGCAAAUGAACAUAGCUGAGGAGGCAUCAGUGUGCCAUAGGUGUGGUUUGAAAAUUGUUAUCUGCAUUCUUGAUAAACCCUGUUUACUUUGUUAUUUUCCUACAAAGGUGCUACUGCCUACCAGAAUCUUUGGGCCUUCAAUGUAACACAUGCGCCUUGACUUAUUAAAAAAUACCUACAGGCCACAGAGAA